GGUCGCCUCGCGUGGAGCCGGGAGCCCAGGGUUGCCUCGGGGUCAGGAGUUCGCGCCGCCGGCGGCCCCGCGCUCUCCGCCGGGUUUCUGCACCCGCCUGAGUUCCUGUCCCGUUCGGGUCCCUUCCCUGGGUCAGGGUGGUGAGAAACUGCCAGGAAUUGCUUAGCCCAGGGGGCAGGCAGAGCACCAGACCGAGGAAGCCCAGGUCCUGAGCAACAGUGUGACACUGCCCUCCCCAGUCAUGAAACUCCAGAUGGCCACACUGCUGAUGGCCUGGUUUGGUGUCCUGAGCUGCGUGCAGGCAGAGUUCUUCACCUCUAUCGGGCACAUGACUGACCUGAUUUAUGCAGAGAAAGACUUGGUGCAGUCUCUGAAGGAGUACAUUCUUGUGGAGGAAGCCAAGCUGUCCAAGAUUAAGAGCUGGGCCAGCAAGAUGGAAGCCCUGACCAGCAAGUCUGCUGCUGAUCCCGAGGGCUACCUGGCUCACCCUGUGAAUGCCUAUAAGCUGGUGAAGCGGCUGAACACAGAUUGGCUUGCAGUGGAGGACCUUGUCCUGCAGGACUCUGCUGCAGGUUUUGUUGCCAACCUCUCAGUGCAGCGGCAGUUCUUCCCCACUGACGAGGAUGAGUCUGGAGCUGCCAGAGCCCUGAUGAGACUUCAGGACACAUACAAACUGGACCCAGACACGAUUUCCAGAGGAGAACUUCCAGGAACCAAGUACCAGGCAAUGCUGAGUGUGGAUGACUGCUUCGGAAUGGGCCGCUCAGCCUACAAUGAAGGAGACUAUUACCACACGGUAUUGUGGAUGGAGCAGGUGCUGAAGCAGCUGGAUGCUGGAGAGGAGGCUGCUGUAGUCAAGUCCCAGGUGCUGGACUACCUUAGCUACGCUGUCUUCCAGCUGGGUGACCUGCACCGAGCCGUGGAGCUCACCCGCCGCCUGCUCUCCCUUGACCCAAGCCAUGAGCGAGCUGGAGGGAAUCUGCGGUACUUUGAGCGGUUGUUGGAGGAAGAAAGAGAAAAAACAUUGUAUAAUCAGACAGAAGCAGGACUAGCAACCCAGGAAAAUUUCUAUGAGAGGCCGGUGGACUACUUGCCUGAGAGGGAUGUCUACGAGAGCCUCUGUCGUGGGGAGGGUAUCAAACUGACGCCCCGGAGGCAGAAGAGGCUUUUCUGUAGGUACCACCGCGGCAACAGGGUGCCACAGCUGCUCAUUGCCCCCUUCAAAGAGGAGGACGAGUGGGACAUCCCGCACAUCGUCAGGUACUAUGACGUCAUGUCCGAUGAGGAGAUCGAGAGGAUCAAGGAGAUUGCGAAACCCAAACUCGCACGAGCCACUGUUCGUGAUCCCAAAACAGGUGUCCUCACUGUUGCCAGCUACAGAGUUUCCAAAAGCUCCUGGCUGGAGGAGGAUGAUGACCCUGUAGUGGCCCGGGUCAACCGUCGGAUGGAGCACAUCACGGGGUUAACAGUAAAGACUGCAGAAUUAUUGCAGGUGGCAAAUUAUGGAAUGGGAGGACAGUACGAGCCACACUUUGACUUUUCUAGGAGCGAUGAACAAGAUGCUUUCAAGCGUUUAGGGACUGGGAAUCGUGUGGCCACAUUCUUAAACUACAUGAGUGAUGUAGAAGCUGGUGGUGCCACUGUCUUCCCUGACCUGGGGGCUGCAAUUUGGCCUAAGAAGGGCACAGCUGUAUUCUGGUACAACCUUCUGCGGAGCGGAGAAGGUGACUAUCGAACAAGACAUGCGGCCUGCCCUGUGCUUGUGGGCUGCAAGUGGGUCUCCAAUAAGUGGUUCCAUGAACGAGGACAGGAGUUCUUGAGGCCUUGUGGAUCCACAGAAGUUGACUGACGUCCUUCUCUGCCCCUCCGUUUCCCAGCCCCACAGCCCCAUCAUCUUCACAUUAAACGUGACAGACACUUUGUAUGUUCCAGCUCCUCGCAGGCAGGGUGUUGGAAUCAGUGUUUAUCUGAAGUGGAGAGAGUCCUGAGCCAAGUCCUGGGUGACUUGGUCUCAGAUUUUGGCCAGCCUUUGCUACCUCUGGCCCCAGGGUAGCAUGGGUGUGGCUGCAGCAGAGCCAGACUGUUGAGCACCUAGCAAGGUGCCUUCGUACCUCAGACGUUUCGGGUGUGAGAUGUUCCAGUGAACCAAAGUUCUGAUGCCUUGUUUACAUGUUCGUUUUAUGACACUUCUGUUUGUUCUGACCUUAACCAAAAAAUAAAAUGCCCCUGCCAAAGCCUUAAA